GCUUUUUCUACAAUCAAUUAGCAACAGAGAAAAACACACAUACACAAACAGAGCUUAAUCCUAGAAAAACAGGGGCGACCUGAACUUAAGAACACACAAUCAUGGCAAUGAACAUGAACGCUCUCCUCCUUGCGCUUCUUGCAGCAACCGCCUUGUUCCACUGCUCAUCAGCUCAGACCAGACACGUCGUUGGUGAUUCAGCAGGCUGGUUCGUCCCUGGCAACACUUCAUUCUACACCAGCUGGGCUGCCAAGAAUACCUUCGCUGUCGGCGACACUCUCGUGUUCAACUACGCAGCAAGUGCACACAACGUAGAGGAAGUGACAAAGACAAAUUACGAUUCUUGCAACUCAACAUCUCCAAUUGCAACUUACACCACCCCACCUGUGACAGUGACCAUUAAAAAAACCGGUGCUCAUUACUUCAUCUGCGGCGUUCCCGGCCACUGCCUCGGCGAUCAAAAGCUCUCCAUCAAUGUCGCCAGUGGCAGCAGCGCCGCCACUCCUCCUUCAUCCACUGCUACUCCGCCUUCAUCAUCCACCACUCCUCCACCACCAUCAUCAACCACCACUCCUUCACCAUCAUCACCCACCUCUCCUUCACCAUCAUCCACCGUUACCCCACCUCCUAAGGACUCCGCCGCCGUGUCUCUCGGUGCUGCCGGAGUGGUUGCCAGCACGGUGAUGACAAUCGCCGCGGUUUUUUUCUUCUAGAGAGAUGAGAGAUCGUAGCUAGUAUGAUUGUUGUGUGAUUCAUUUUGUCACUCUUGUUGUAUUUCAUCACAGAUUCAGUUCUUUUUUGUGGCUAUACAUAUUAUACAAUAAAUUUUGAUUUUUCAUUGA